AUGGCCCUCGCGGGUGCACCCGACUGGGCGCGGGUGCCGGCGCACCGGCGUGAAGCCGGCACAACAGGAGGGGCGGACCCGAGCGGCGGCCAACGAGGGGGCCGCGGCCGCGGCGAGGCCGGCCGCCAGUGGCUGGCGCGGGAGGGACGGGAGGAGCGCCGGGCGACACCGGAGUGGGGCGCGGGGAGCCGCGGCCGCCGGCAAGCGCGAGGGAAGGCGCGGAGCCGUGGGCGCGCGGGGCAGCGGUGGAGCAGCAGCAACGGUGGCGGGCUCGGCGGCAGGUCCAGGCGGAGUUGCCGCGGGGCUCGGGGGUGCGGGCGAGGUGCGGCAGACCAGAGCGGUGGGGAGGGGCAGCGCGUGCGGGCGGUAGCAGGGGAAGCGGACGGCAAGGCGGAGCAAGGCCACGCGGGCGGGGCGCCGCGAGCGCGGGCGCAGCAGAGCUGCGAUGCGCGGCGAGCAGUGGUGCAGGGCGCGGGGAGCUGUGCGCAAGGCCAGGGGCGGCUCAGUGAGCACGAGGAGGAGGGCCGCGGGCGCGGUCAGUGGUGGAGGCAGAAGGAGAGGCAGGCAGCGGCGCGUAUGCGGGCGGCUACGGUCGAAGGUAGAGGCCGCGGCGGAGUGUGA